AUGCCAUCAAAAAAAGAUAAAGAACAUGCACCGAAGAAGCCGGCGAAAACGGAUAGACAAAAAAAAGCGGAAGCUGAAAUGAUGAGGACACUUAUUACUGAAUAUAAUGGUGUACUAACAUCAGAAGAAUUAAAAGGAAUGAAAGAAGUAUUUGAUACUUAUGAUACUCAAAGUACAGGUAUUAUUAAAGUUAGUUUACUUGGUAAAAUAUUUCGUGGUCUUGGUUGUAAUCCACUUGAAAGUGAUAUUCAACGAAUAAUGAAAGAAAUUGAUCCACACAAUAAAGAUCAAUUAAAAUUUCCUGAAUAUGUAACUGCAUUUUUAAGUGUUCCAUCAUCUGUUACUGAUCGAGAAAUUCUACCAGCAUUUCAAGUAUUCGAUACAGACAAAUGUGGAUUAUUAGACGCUGAUGAAAUGCUUAAAUAUUUAGUAAAUAUCGGUGAACCACUCAGUGAAGUCGAAGCAAAAGCAUUCAAAGAUAAUCUUAAAAUUAAUGACCAAGGUUUAUUUAAUUAUAAUGAAUUUUUCCUCAAAUUUACUCAACCACCCAAGACUAAAACAAAGAAAAAAGGAAAGAAAAAGAAGAAGAAAUCUAAAUAA